AUGCGUUACUCUCAGCUCGCCACCGUCGCCGGCCUGGUAACCAUGGCCGCCGCCGCCCCGGUCAACGCUGAUUCCGCUGCCCUUGAGGCCCGCUCGCCCGCCCCCGGCCAAGCCCCAGGCAUCUACGUCAAACAGGCCCAGCUCAUCCAAAAGACCAUGAAGAAGAACAAGCAGAACGUCAAGGUGUACGAGGCCACCGUCAAGAACACCGGCAAGCCCCCCGUAACCUCCUCUUCCAAGCCCAAAUCCAAGCCUGAACCCAAGCCUGCCCCUGAGCAGAAGGGCAAGCGCGACGUUGAGGAGGAGGCCGAUGAGGAGGGCGUCGCCCUUGAGGCCCGCUCGCCCGCUUUCGGCCAAGCCCCAAGCAUCUACGUCAAACAGGCCAAGUUAGUCCAAAAGCAAAUAAAAAAGACCAAGCAGAACAUUAAGGUAUACGAGGCCACCGUCAAGAACACCGGCAAGCCCCCCGAGGUCUUCUCUUUUAAGCCCAAAUCCAAGCCUGAAUCUAAGCCUGCCCCUAAGGAGAAGGGCAAGCGCGACGUUGAGGAUGAGGAGGCCGAGGAGUAG